CAGAAACAGCCGGUGCCUCCAGGGAGGGGCCUUGAACCCCUGGGCUGUUGCCUUCACAGUCCUAACACAGCAAAGUCUCAGCUCUUCCUCCCGAGGCUUGGCAUCUGCCCUGCCUGGCUGUGCCACAGGUCCCCAGGCUCUUUGUCCUGCCACGGGUCUACAGGUCGUGGGCUCUUGCCUCAGGCUCCUGCCAGCCAGAGCUGAGCCUGGAGCUGGCACUGCAGCUGCACCCUGAGCUACCUGCACCAGGUGUAUCCUCAGCACGUGUGCUCUGCAGCUGCCCAGGAGCUGCUCACAGGGCUCCUGCUCGGCCCCCGGCACCGCUGGAGCUGCUGGGCACUGCCCGGGUGUGGGUGUGUGUGUGAGUGUGCUGCGGGCUCACGGCCCUCGUGGCUGAGCAGCACAUGUGGCACAGGGAGCUGGGCUGCAGCCCGUGCUCCUCCUCCACGUGCCAAGCUGAGGAGGGCUGCGGCUGGAGCGUGGGCCAGAAGCUGCUCUGGGAGCAGAGGAACGCCGUCCCUGGGCUGUGCCCUCGCUGUUUCCCUGGAGUCCCGAGGUAAUCAAUCACUGCCCCUCCAGCAGAUUGCUCUGCCUGGCUCUGGCCUCUGAGCACCGAGCGAGGCUGGCAGGGCUCUGCAGCCUAAAAGCUGCUCCAAGGAACAGCAGGGGGGAGGAACGGGUGCUGGAGACCACACCAAAUCCAGCCUAAAGGGGUAGGAAGUGAGUGACAGGGUCACCAAUUAGGACAAAAGAAACCUCUCCAAUACCAAUGUGAUGUGAACAAGCAGACACGUCUUUAUUCAGGCACUGGGAACACAGGGGAUAACUCCUCCAGAAACGUGUUCCACUUAAACAAAACCCACCCAUUUAUAUACUUCUGCUGAAUCAUCGUUACCUAUGUUCUUUUACAUACUACACAUCCUAUGCCCACUCUUAAAUUUAACCAUUACAUUGAUUGGUUCUAAUAGUUACUAACUUCAUCUAUAUUCUUCUUUGAAAAUAAUCAUUGGUCACCUCUCCUGAGGUCUACUGAUCGGAAUCCUUAAUAAUAAAAUCAAGAUGAGAAGCGUAGUGGGGGGUUUCCAAGCAACGUUACUGGUGAGUGUGACCACAACAGAAGGGUCCAGUGACUUCCUGGGGAGGUUUCUAUGAUUACACAUCCCAAACACAGCACUCCUAAUAUUUCUAUGCCUUAUAUUUCACAAUUUGAAUCAAAUGUCCAAAGGGGCUCCAGGUGGGCCCCCUCCCCCCAGGUGUGGUGCAGUUUCCGUGUGACACAAUGUCAGUGUGGUGAUGUGACAAUGCAGUGAUGUGACAUCACCAUGAUGUAACAAUGCUGCAUCCCUGGGAGACCUCUGGAGCACGAGGAGUCAGCGUGGGAUCCCAGCACCAGAAGAGCCUUGGAAGGAGCUGGGGAGCUCCAUCUCAGUGCUGGUGUCCUGCCAAAAGGCAGAGGCACUGCUGAGUGCACUGGGAAUUAGGAGGGGGAGAGCAGUGGGGUGAUAACUUAGCUGCUUGGUCACAGAAGAUCACUUCUGGGAGCCACCAAACUGAUGGAUUCCGACCUGCUGGACCUCCCACUCGGAGUCAAGAUCCAUGUGAAGCCCAAGUCCAAGACUGUCUUCUGCAGGGGAAAGCUGGGGGAAACGCUUAAUGGGCCAUGUCCUUCUUUCAAUCUGGAUGAUCCCUACAUCCACCACCCUGCACCACCAGUGCAGUACAACCGCCUGCAUGACCCCCACCUUCGGGACUACCACAAGCGCAAGGACAUCCUGCGGAUGCUGAAGAGACAGGGAGUCAUCACCAGUGACAACAAGGUGGUUUGCACUCUGAAGGAGUUCAACGAGUACAGGAACUACCUGACCAGGCUCAAGCUGCAGUUAGAGAAGAUCUUGAGGCAGCAAGAGGAAGGGCUUCUGCCACUUCAGGAGAAAUUAAAGGAUGGUCCCAAACUGCCAGGAACCAGUGACACUUCCUGCCAGGAGAUGCAGCAGCCGCAGCCUCAGAAACCCUCUUGCCCAUGUCCACAGAAGAGCAAAGAGACCCCUCUGAAAUCAGGGAGAUUAAGAGAGAAAAUAGCUUCAGACAAGGGCCAAACCUGCUCCAGAGCUGAGCUGGGCACUGCUGCUGACUCCCAGAGGAAGCCAGACAACACUGCUCAAGGCCUCUUUAAAGCUGUCCUUGAGCAGCUGACUGCAGCAGAAGCCCAGAAGCUCCAAGAGCUGGUUGAGGCUGUUGUGCAUGAAGUCUUUGGGAGGCUCAGGGUCCCUCGAGAUUACUAUGUCAACUUUUUAAGGAGGGCUGCCCGGAAGAUCAGAGGAAUAGUUUUUAGCAGCUGUGUGAAAACAGAGACACCUCUAGACCAUCGUCAAGAAAUGGAAAUGUUGGCCAAGGAGCUUGUAGCGACAGUGUUGGAGAGCUUGGGGGACCAUCUGGAGCCCAAAGCUUCUGAGCAAACGAGGGCAGCCAGGUGGAAGGAGCAGCCUGUUGAUGGAAGAGCCACCCUAGUGGAGAAAUCCAAAGAAGCUGAAGCAGCCUCCUCAGACAUAGCACGUUUAGACACCUGUCUUGACAAACUCACCAGACAAGUUGUUAAGAAUGUUCGCUGCCUCUUGAAAUCCAUGGUAGCUUCUCAGUUUGAAGGAGACUCAAGCUGCAAGUACACCAAAAUCCUGGAGUUUCCCAAGGAUAAGGUUUCCAACAGACAGAUGCAGCCAGGAAUCUCUGGAGCAUGUGAAGGACAGAGCCAGGAAGCAAGCACAGGAGUAAAGCUGCCUGCCCUAGGACCACAGCUCCAGGAAGAAGGGAAUGGAUAUGCCAAAACCAUGGAGCCUGAGAAUGCUGCAAUGCUGAAGGAAAUGGUAAGAGAAAUGAAUCCAGCAACUUCAGGCAACACUUUGGACAUAAGGACCAUGGCAAAUCGGAUUGUUCAGUCUCUAUUGGACCAGAUUGGUCAGCAUGGGCCUGCGCCAACCCCCAGACAGAAAUUUCCAGUGCCUGUCCCAAGCCCAGCCACAUCCCAAGGCGGAGAGGAGAGCUGUGCUGCUGAGGACACUCUCCCCUCCGUGGACCCGCAGUUUUCCCGACAGCCCGUCCCUCUGGAGGGUCCCCAGCCCCCUGCCCAGACCGGAGCACGGCGCAGAUCAGUGAACCCACAGCUCGUCUGAGGCGGGCGAGGUGUGUGGCAGGAGAGCUGAAGGGCCUCUGAAUGGCAAACCUGACACCCCUGUUCCGUCAAUAAAGAGUUACUCCUAAGGCCUUGCUUGUGCUUCCUCCAAACCAGGCCAAACUGCAUCCGUGCAUUUUCCCUGCUGUAACCAAUCCCAUCCUCUUCCCUUCUACAGUCUCAGCCAUGCUGCAACCCAAUUUGCAGGGAAUCUGGGCUAGGAAGUUGAGGAGUAGCCAGCAUUUUUGUCUCGUACAGUAAGCUUUGCUGUCAGGCAAGUGCGGGAACACAUCCCGUUGGAGGCAGCCUGGCUUUCACUUAGUGUCAAGCACAAUGAUGUCUUUGCCUAGCAAUCCUUCUUGCAGGGCCCUUUCUCCUCAGACUGAGCUGCCCCAGAAGCUCUGCAGGAGCACUUGUUGCUGUGCUGGGGAUCAACAGCAGCAUCUGCAUCUGGGCACUGCUCUGCCACCUUCGAGUCUUGUCUGCCCAGAGGAGGGAGGCAGGGAAAAGGUGGAGGUUCAAAGUUUGUUUUGAGUUUUCUCCAUUUUUUCACACCCUGUCCUGGAUUGGAGUGGCCAACCCACAUCCCCUUGGGGUAGCAGCUGCUCAGCAGUGGUGGUCUGUGAGUGAGGGCUGGUCUGGCACAGCAGGUGGAACAGUGCCAGUGCAGGGGGGUUAGACGGGCUGGCAGCCAGGAUGCUAGAGCACAGCUGCCAUCAAGGGCCUGUCUCUUCUCCCGGUGAUGAGAUAAGGAAACGCUACGGACCUAAGGAAGGCAGCGGGUCAGUCCUUUCCCUCCACUGCGGCUGGGCCUGCCCCGCAGGAAGGGCUCGGAGCCU